AUGUUAAAUACUGAACGACAAUCAAUACGUUCGCCAACUACAUCACAAGUUGAUUCAUAUGGUAAUGGAUCCGUAUCAAGAACAAAUGGUCGUCCUUACCAACUACGUUCAUCAACUAUUGAUGAACAUGAAAGAGAAGAUAAUGAGUAUGAUCCAACAUUAGACGAUAUCGAUGAACAAGAAAGAACUUAUCGACCACCUCCACGUAAUGAAGAUCCAUAUAUAUCUGCAUUAAAAUUUCGUUUUCCACAUCGACCUAAAAGUGAUUAUGUUUAUUCAAGACCAGCUGGUCCUUCAAAUUCAUCAGUACCACCACCAGCACCACCAGCACCACCGCUUCCAUCUACUACUCAACCAACGGUAACAACAACAACAACACCAAGAACUGGACCUUAUCAAUCAACAUUAAGACCUACUCAUGGUAGUACUAAUGUAUCAGAUGGAUCUGAUGAUAAAACAUUUUCAAGACCAAAUUUACGUCGUGUCAAUCCAGAUCAACAAAAUACUUAUGCACGACGUAUUGGUAGUGAAAUGACACCACAAACUUCUUCAUCGAAACCAAUAAGUUCAAAUGGUACAAAUGUUCGAAUUACUGAACCAACUAUCGACAUAAAUCAACCUACUAUAUCAACAUAUACACAUCCAUCAGGAAUACCAAGAACACAAGAAAGUAUAUUUGAAACAGUUCAUUCACAUGAUGGACCAAUAUCUUAUUUGGGAACUAAUACUUUUUCACAAUUUGAACAAUGUUUACGUGAAUGUUUAGAACGUGAACGACGUCGAACAGGUAUUGCAAGUCAUAUUACACGACAUGAGAUUCCACCAUCCGCACCACCACCCGCACCAUCAUUCGCACCAUCAUUCGUACCACCACCCGCACCAUCAUUCGCACCACCACCCGCACCAUCAUUCGCACCACCACCCGCACCAUCAUUCGCACCACCACCCGUAUCACAACCGAAUACUUCUGUACAUGAUUAUGGUUAUGACCCUGUUGUAACAUCAUCAUCAUCAUCAUUACCUCGUCAGGAAUUCUAUCCACGUAGUAGUAGUCCUUAUUUAAGUGAUUAUACUUCAAAAUCUGUUCCAACAUUUUUACUUGAUGAUAUUCGUCAUAUUAAUGUUGCACUUUCUAGAAGUGGUAUUUCACUAUUUCCCUAUGAACGAUGCUGUUUUGAAUCACAUCGUUAUCCAACAUCAGUAUCAUUACCUAGUACAACUAUUCAAAGUAGUUAUCCAACUGAACGACGUAUUAUUGGUGAAGUUGUAUCAGCAUGUCGACUUGUUGAAGAAGAUACACCAUUAUUAUAUAAUGGACAUAGAAAUCAAGCUGUACAAAAUGUUUGGAAUGCAUUACAACGUCAUCAACCAUUUUCACAUAUUAAUUCUUCAAGGUCAAAUGUAUAUCCGAAAGGACCAUAUGAUAUUUAA